AUGGCUGAACACUUCAAACAAGUAAUUAGAUGUCUUGUUUGUCUAAAUGAUAUUGAAGAAGCAGUGCAACUGAAAUGUGGAUAUUCCUUCUGCCUCCAAUAUGUCAAUUCACUGCAGAAGGAGCCCCCUGGGGAAGGUGUACUAUGCCCCUUAUGCACUGUGGCCUCUCAGAAGAAUGACAUCAAGCCCAAGUACAAGCUGAGGGCACUGAUUUCCAUCAUCAAGGAACUAAAGCCCAAGUUGAAAUCUAUUCUAAGGAUGAACCCAAGGAUGAAGAAGUUUCAAGUGGAUAUGACCUUGGACGUGGACACAGCCAGCAACUAUCUUACCAUUUCUGAAGACCUGAGGAGCGGCCGAUGUGGGGAUUUCAAGCAGAACAGGAUAGAGCAGGCUGAAAGGUUCAGCUCCACACUGUGUGUCCUGGGGACCUCUCGCUUCACUUCUGGCCACCAUUACUGGGAGGUGGAUGUGGGCACCAGCAAAAUAUGGGACGUGGGCAUUUGCAAGGAAUCUGUGAAUCGGCAGGGGGAUGUUGUGCUUUCUUCAGAACUCGGCUUCUGGACUGUGGGUUCCAGAAAAGGACAGAUCUUUGCCGCCAGCACUAUGCCUUUGACUUUUCUCUGGGUGAGUCCCCAGUUGCACAGAGUGGGGGUUUACCUGGAUGUAGUUAUGAGGUCCAUUUCCUUUUAUAAUGUUAGUGAUGGGUGCCAUAUCUACACAUUCAACGACAUUCCUGUUAUCGAGCCUCUGCAUCCAUUUUUUUCUCAUAAACGUGAAACUCAAGAUGAUCAGAGCUCCUUGAGUAUCUGCCCUGUGAUCAAUCCAGACAGUGCCAGUCCCCCGGUUUCUUCUGGGGAAAGGAAAUAA